AUGGGGUCCGAGUCUGUGAAGGUGGUGGUCCGCUGUCGGCCGCUCAAUGACCGGGAGAGAGCGCUUGAGUCCCGCAUGGUCCUGUCCGUGGACCUGCCGCGCUGCCAGUGCUUCCUCCAGAGACCCGGGGCCGUGGACGAGCCCCCGAAACAGUUCACCUUCGACGGCACCUACUUCACUGAGCACACCACGGAGCAGAUGUACAACGAGAUCGCAUAUCCUUUGGUUGAGGGUGUCACUGAGGGCUACAACGGCACAAUAUUUGCCUAUGGCCAGACUGGAAGUGGCAAAUCCUUCACCAUGCAGGGCACAGCGGCCCCUGGGAGCCAGAGAGGGGUCAUUCCACGGGCAUUUGAACACAUCUUUGAAACGAUACAGUGUACGGAGAAUACUAAAUUUCUGGUCAGAGCCUCGUACUUGGAGAUUUACAAUGAAGAAGUGAGGGAUCUGUUAGGAAAUGAAGCCAAGAAUAAAUUGGAGCUGAAGGAGCACCCUGAGCGCGGCGUGUACGUGCGGGAUCUGUCCAUGCGCACGGUGCACAGUGUGGGCGAGUGCGAGGGCGUCCUGCAGCAGGGCUGGAGGAACAGGGCCGUGGGCUACACUCUGAUGAACAAAGACUCGUCCAGGUCCCACUCCAUCUUCUCCAUCCACCUGGAGAUCUGCACCACUGACGACAGCGGGCAUGACCAUCUCCGAGCCGGAAAACUGAACCUGGUGGACCUGGCGGGGAGCGAGCGCCAGUCCAAGACCGGAGCCACGGGCGAGCGUCUGCGGGAGGCCACCAAGAUCAACCUGUCGCUGUCGGCUCUGGGGAACGUCAUCUCUGCCCUGGUGGACGGCCGCUCCAAGUACAUCCCCUACAGAGAUUCCAAGCUCACCAGGCUGCUGCAGGACUCUCUGGGGGGAAACACUCGGACCCUGAUGAUCGCCUGUCUCUCUCCGGCCGACUGCAACUACGAAGAGACGCUGAGCACGCUGCGAUACGCCAACCGGGCCAAGAGCAUCCGGAACAAACCCCGGAUCAACGAGGACCCCAAAGACGCCCUGCUGAGACAGUACCAAGAGGAGAUCAAGAAGUUAAAGGCCAUUGUGUCGGGUCAGCUGGGAACCACACACUUGUCCACUCUGUUGACUGCCCAGCCUCCCGUUUCUCCAGUCUCCACCCCGCCCCUGUCCUACAAAGCUGAGGCUGAGAAAGAGAAGAUUAAGGAGGCCUACGAGGGGAAACUCGCCAAGUUACAGGCGGAGUACAAUGCAGAGCAGGAGUCCAAGGCAAAGCUGCAGGAAGACAUAGCUGCCUUAAGAUUGUCCUAUGAAUCAAAGCUGUCUGAUGUGGAGCAGACUGGGGCCACCAGGGGGAGCUCUCAACCAAAUAAUGAAGCAGAGAACCUCACGGUGUCGACACAAUCUCCCGACCAGAAAGACAUCAUAGAAAGGCUGCAGCAGUUGGAGCAGGCUGUGGUUGGAGGAGAACAGGUCCGGAACCAGGAGCUGAGGAGGAGGCACCAGCAGCGGAAGAGACUGGCAGACCAGAGACAAGUGCAGCUGGUCCAGGCGCUCUCCGAGAACACAGAGGAGAGCGAGAAUGUGCUUUAUCACGUGUACAACUCCAUCCAGGAGGAGGUGCACGCCAAGAGCCAAAUGCUGCUCAAGGUUCAAGGAAAGCUCAAAGCGGCCAAACUAGAGAUCCGCGACCUGCAUGGGGAGUUCGAGGUGGAGAGAGACGAUUAUUUGGCCACAAUCCGGCGGCUGGAGCGGGACGGGCAGCUGGUGCAGAGUCUGCUGGAGCGCAUGGUCUCGCUGGUGCGCAGGGACUGUAACUAUAGCAACCUGGACCGACUGAAGGCUGAGGCGGUUUGGGACGAGGAGAGCGCCACCUGGAGACUGCCGGAUGUACUGGUGCAGAAAACAACACUGCCUUCAGCUGUCACUCAAAAACUACCAACCGGUCGACGGCCAUCUGCAGAUUCGGAGGAACCAGUGGAAGAGGACCGGUUCAAAGAGAUGCUAAACCGUAGCGACUCGGACAACAUCGCUAACACUUAUUUUAAAUCCAAAAGAGCGACUCAGCUGCUGGGAGCGGAACAAAGCAAGGCAACUGUCACCCUCUCUCCUGGCCUCUACAAUGGGACGUCCCACCUGAGUCUCAGCAGUUCCCCCGUGAACCCCUCAAUCAGCCCAGAGUCUGUGAUGCCCCGCCCCUUUCGCCUCGAGUCUCUAGAUGUUUCAGUUUCCAACGGGAAAGUCCGACGGAAAAAGGGGAAGCCACAUAUUUAA